CUCUGGGGUCCAGACAAGGGUCGCCAUGAUCCGAUUCAUCCUCAUCCAGAACCGGGAAGGCAAGACGCGCCUGGCCAAGUGGUACAUGCAGUUCGAUGAUGACGAGAAGCAGAAGUUGAUCGAGGAGGUGCACGCCGUGGUCACCAUCAGGGAUGCCAAGCACACCAACUUUGUGGAGUUCCAGAACUUCAAGAUCAUCUACCGACGCUACGCUGGCCUCUACUUCUGCAUCUGCGUGGACGUCAACGACAACAAUCUGGCCUAUCUUGAGGCCAUCCACAACUUCGUAGAAGUGUUAAAUGAAUACUUCCGUAAUGUCUGUGAACUGGACCUGGUGUUCAACUUCUGCAAGGUUUACACGGUGGUAGAAGAGAUGUUCCUGGCAGGGGAAAUCCGAGAGACCAGCCAGACGAAGGUGCUGAAGCAGCUGCUGAUGCUGCAGUCCCUGGAGUGAGGCGGGCCUCUGCCCAGCCCGGCCUGCUGGACCAACCUGUCUGCUUGUCCCCUGCCAGGCUUGAGGCCCACCCCAGUAGCCCCCUCCCAGAGGAAGGACCCCGCAGGGUCUAGGCCGCAGGGGAAGAGGCCAGAACCAACUGCCUCUGGGCCCUAUAUGGAUGGCAGAGGCCACCAUGAUGUCCCGAGUAACUGUGCCAUUGUCGUGUGAUGCUGUGAGUGUGUGUGUGUGCAACCCCCAAUAAACCUGUGGUCCUGCCU